AGAGAGAGAGAGAGAGUGACUGACUGAAAUAUCCAGCUUCAGUACCUGUUAGAGCGCUGGAUGGCCGGGUGAUCAGAUUAGAGGCGUCAGGGUUCGUUAAUCUGUGAGGGAGCGACAGACUGCCACUCAAGCUGCUUCUACACGCCGCUCCCAUUCAUCGGCGGCGAAGGGGAGCUGAGCACGUUUGGUGUUGACGCGCGUCGGGGAAUUUCCCCUCCUUUUUUUUUUUUUUUUUUUACAAUGGAUACCUGCAGGGUACGAGCCUGGGUGUUUCUGGUCCUGUUAUGGCAGGACGGGUCUUUGGCAUCGCAGUUCCCUACACAGCUCAUGAUUAAAGAAUGGGUUGAUCAGAUGCAGAAAGAGCUUGUCACCCUGGCAGACACAGCCACAGCUGGGAAAAGCCUCACUGAGAUUUUUCAGAGAAACCGACACCUGUACACUGUGGAGCAAAACGACGCAGAGGAGCUGGUGGCCAGAGCAGCCACAAAAAUUGAACAGCUGCUGCGGAAGAGGUCUGCAGCCUUGGAGAAACUGGCUACAGCUGCUGAGAACUUCCAGAUGGAGUAUCAGUGGAAAGACGAGUUUGAGGAUGAUGAAAUCGCCUACUACAACGCAAAGGACAAUCUGGAUGCAAAUGAGACAGAAGGAAGGAAGUACAGGAUUCGACCAGACUUUAAAGAGGACCCGUCAUUUAAACGUUUGACUGAUCACAACCACACGGCUGUCCACAUCCCCACUGACAUCUAUGAUGGCUCCACUAUUGUGCUGAAUGAGCUCAACUGGACGGAGGCAUUGGAGGAAGUGUUUAGAAAGAACAGAGAGGAUGAUCCAACCCUUCUCUGGCAGGUGUUUGGUAGCGCUACUGGCCUAGCUCGCUACUACCCAGCCUCCCCCUGGAUGGAUGCCCGUAAGACCCCCAGUAAAAUUGACCUGUAUGACGUCCGCAGGAGGCCAUGGUACAUUCAAGGAGCCGCCUCACCCAAAGAUAUGCUAAUCCUUGUGGAUGCAAGCGGGAGCGUGUCUGGCUUGACUCUCAAACUGAUCAGGACCUCCGUCAGUGAGAUGCUGGAGACUCUGUCUGAUGAUGACUACGUCAAUGUGGUUUAUUUUAACACCAGGGUGAAGAAGACGGCGUGUUUCGACCAUCUGGUUCAGGCCAACGUGAGGAACAAGAAGCUGCUUAAGGAUGCUGUACAGAAUAUCACAGCUAAAGGAAUUACAAACUACACAAAGGGCUUUGAGUUUGCUUUUGAGCAACUCUCUGCGACUAAUGUGAGCAGAGCAAACUGCAACAAGAUCAUCAUGCUUUUUACUGAUGGAGGAGAGGAAAGAGCUCAGGCCAUACUGCAGAAGUACAAUGCUGACAAAAAGGUGAGGAUCUUCACCUUCUCAGUAGGACAGCACAACUAUGAUAAAGGACCCAUUCAAUGGAUGGCCUGUUCCAACAAAGGUUACUUCUAUGAGAUUCCUUCCAUCGGAGCCAUCAGAAUAAACACACAGGAGUACUUGGAUGUCCUGGGAAGGCCAAUGGUCCUAGCAGACAAGCAGGCCAAACAAGUCCAGUGGACUAAUGUAUACCUUGAUGCUCUGGAACUGGGUCUUGUCAUCACAGGAACACUGCCUGUCUUCAAUAAAACAAAGACCAAAGAUGACAGGAAUGGCGAGCACCAGAAUCAGUUGAUUCUUGGCGUAAUGGGGAUUGACGUGUCUCUGGAUGACAUCAAGAAGCUCACACCACGCUUCACAAUUGGUCCAAAUGGAUACUACUUUGCCAUUGAUCCUAAUGGAUAUGUCCUGCUGCACCCCAAUCUUCAGCCAAAGAAUCCUAAAUUCCAGGAACCUGUUACCCUAGACCUCCUGGAUGCGGAGCUGGAGAAUGACAUCAAAGUGGAGAUCAGGAGAAUGAUGAUUGAUGGUGAGACAGGUGAACGGACCAUUCACACUCUAGUGAAAACUCAGGAUGAGAGGUACAUAGAUCGAGGAGUCAGGACCUACACAUGGGGUCCAGUCAAUGGUACAGAUUACAGCCUGGCUCUUGCUCUGCCUAAAUACAGUGAACACUUCAUCCAAGCUAAACUGGGGGAUGAUAUGAAACAAGCUAUGUCUUCUUCUUGGGGGCAAGAAGCCAUGCAAACCAUUCAGCUGGAGAGGUUUGAUGAGUUUGGUUACACCUACAUCGCUCCAAGGGAGUACUGCAAAGAGCUGAAGUUGUCACUCAACAACACUCAGUUUCUCCUCGACUUCAGCCAGUACAUUGACAGAAACACUCCAGAUGCAUGUAAUGUGUCUCUGGUGAGUCGACUAAUCCUGGAUGCAGGCCUGACAGCUGAACUGGUUAAACUUUGGAAUGAGCAGACAGUGGAUGGGAUAGUGGCCAGGUUUGUAGCCACAGAUGGAGGAAUCACAAGAGUCUUCCCAAGAAGUGCUGGGGAAGAGUGGACUGAAAAUUCUGAGACAUAUGAGUCCAGCUUCUACAAAAGGACCCUCGACAAUGAAAUUUAUAUUUUCACAGCUCCGUCUUUCAACACAGAGAGCAGGGAGCCUGUUUCUGAGUCAGGCAUUCUCGUGAGCAAAGCAGUGGACCUCACAAUCGACGAAGUCACACUUAAACCAGCAGUGGUGGGAGUGAAACUCAAUGUCUCAUUCUGGAUGAACAGUUUCAUGAAUGCUACACUGAAACUGAAUUGCAAAGAUGAGAUCUGUGGCUGCCUGAAGAAUGACAAGCAUGUGGACUGUGUGAUCCUGGACGAUGGGGGAUUUCUUCUCAUGUCCAAUCAGGAUGAGUAUAUCAACCUGAUAGGUCAGUUCUUUGGUGAGGUGGAUCCUGUGCUAAUGAUCAAUCUGGUCAACACCUCCCUAUACUCCUUCAACAAGACCUAUGACUACCAGUCUGUCUGCGACCCAGAGAGAGACAGCAAAGCUGCAGCAGGACCGCGCUCUGUCUAUGUUCCUACCAUUGCUGACUUGCUCAGUAUCGGCUGGUGGGCCUCCAGUGCUGCCUGGUCGAUACUCCAACAGCUCUUCUAUGGUCUCAUGUUUCCCAGCCUUCUAGAGGCAGCGGAGUUAGCAGAUGAAGAAAUACCAGAUGCUAUGUUUAAGGAAAGCUGUAUCACAGAGCAGACUCAGUAUUUCUUUGACAACGAUGAAAGAUCUUACUCAGGUGUCCUGGACUGUGGAAACUGUUCCAGGAUGUAUCGUGCCGAGAAGCUGCCAAACACCAACCUAGUGUUCCUGAUCACUGAUGCCAAGGCAACAUGUUUGUCGUGUGACCCCAGACCGCUACGACAGGCUGAACAACCCUCUGAAGGUCCGGAUCCAUGCGAGCUGGCUCAGAAUCCCAGAUACCGCAAAGGGCCAGAUGUAUGUUUUGACAACGAUGAAAACGAAGAUGAUUCUGAUUGUGGAGGAGGGACCUGUCUAACCCCGUGUCUUUGGCCAAUGCUUGGGCUCCAACUACUGCUGCUUUGGCUCAUCACAUCUUUACAACACUCAUGACCCCUACACACACUGACACACACACUCACACACACUGAUCGUCAUCAUCUCAUUUCACAAGAGGCCAGAUUACACUCUAGUUAUGCCAUCCAGGAUGUAUGCAGAAUACUUGCAACAAGACAUUUUUAUCAGCAUUUCCAUUUUCCAAUGCCAAAGGGUGCUCAUACAUUUCCUCCUUGUCAUUUUCAAAAAUAGAGACACAUCUACUGUGCUCAGCUGCACUCAUUUCCAUGAUAUACUCCUUAAUACUGGUGCAAGAGUAAGAGCUAACCAAACCCUUUAAUUCUGCCUAAUUUGUCUAUGAUUUAUUUCGCGGAGGUUGAAGAGUUAUCCCACUAUGCCAACUAAAUAUCGUUCAAAGACUGUAUGUUCACUGACAGCGUUGAUUUGUGUAGUUGUUGAUAUUGUUUGUUGCUUAUUAUAUUAUUGCGUAUGAAUCAUUAUGCUGUAAUGAUUGUUCAUUUUGGCAACCAGUGCAACUAUGAAGAAUAUCCCUUUUGUUUGAGUGUUUUUUAAAUGUACUGUAUCUAUCUAUCUAUCAUUUCUUUUGUACUCAAAAUCAACUAGCAUUUCAUGACUAACUAGGUGUUGUAUGGUAGCAGCAUGUGCUCAGUACAGAGCUAAAGACAACACCAAUACUCUGACACCAAAGCUCCACACAGUACCAAGGACCACAAACCUACAACAAGAGAAUCUGCAGGCUAGUUUAUUUUAAGUGAUUCUUCACGUGGGUGUACAUCAGUAUUCAAGUUACGGCAUUAGUUAGGUAGAUAGAUACCUUAAUACCUUGUUGAGAAAUAAGUGAGGUCAGAAAGCACCCGUGUGAAACAAAUCUAUUAGGAUAUUAUCAAUUUCAAAUAUGUUUGUACUUGGUCUGACAGCUUUGGUUGUCUUCAAUUUGAUGCAUCAAAUUCCCAGUGCCUACAUAGUAGCUCAAACAGUCUGUUAUCUGAAUGAAGCAAUGCAUCACAAGUUGUAUUCUUACCAUGUAGCUAUGCUUCUAUGCUAAUGCUUGCUGCAGUAUAGCAGAGAGUUUAGCCCUUGCAGUGAUAUGUUGUGAAAUGGGCCAAAUCUGCUUCAGUUAUUUUAACUUCUGUGGCCCAGGCAACAGUAGAAACAACCAGUGGUUUUGAUGUUUGGGAGAGGAAUAUUGUUUUUCCUCGAUGGUCAACACAAACUGAAACCAGACUUGAGCUUGCGUUCCAACACCUCUCUUUAUUAGUCCUGUUACCUUUCUGGAUCACCAGACUCAGGAGCCAAGAUGACUUGUGAAUGAGAUCAGCAUAACAAAAUGACUAUUUGUUUUCUCCUCCUUGCUGUUCUCCUCCUUAUGCUUGUUUCCUUUUUGUGUUGCUCUAUAAGUGCUGUGAAGCAGAUGCUGAAGGCUCAGUGUCGAAACGCUGCAAUGUCAUGGGAUGAGCUUGUUCUGUGUUUGAAUGCUGUCUAUCCCCACGAUCAGCAUCAGGGCCUGUUGGAGAGAACUUUGAGAAUACGCUACUACCAGUGGUAAUUUUGCAUUGCCUUACUACCAUAAGUCAUAAAGAUCACACAUAUGUGUUUCAGUUUUCUGUUUUUUUAAAGUAAUUUUAACAAUAAAAUUUGAGUUCUCUCCACCUCGCCUUCAUGGUGACCUGCUGGUGUUGAGUGUUCAGGUUAUGCCUGUUUAUCAAAGUCGCGUGUUGACUUGUGUUUUACCCCGGGGGUCCCGUGUCUAUGUGCAGGCAUGUGCGUGUCCCUCCGAUAUCUGAUUGUGCUUUAAUACUGUACAUGAAUUACUCUUUUGUGGAACUUGACUAGCCUGAAUAAAUUUUGUAUACAUUUGUACACUAAUACUAUUUACUGUAUAAAAGAGAAAAUGACAGAAAAGAAAAAUGUUUAUAAUAAUAUGGUGUUGAUUAUUGUGCAAAUAUAAUAUAUUCACAAUAAAAGUGUUGUAUUGUUAUGA